AUGGCGAAAAGCGGGAUCCUACAACUGGUAUUCCUUCUGGUCGUUGUUGGCGUCAUAUGCGCCAUUGGUUUCGUUGCAUACAGCAUCGCGCACGAUGUUGGUCACAAUACCCGAAAGAAGCUGGAGAAGAAGAACAUCUCGUUCAGCAAGGAGGGGGCGAAGGUGGGAGUGAGGGAGCGGAGUCAAGAAGAACAGGGCGAUAGCGCUCAGAAUUUGCUGGUGAACAUUUGGAACAAUUCGUACUUUCCCAACUACAAGUCAAAACUUGGCUGGAUGGAUGGCGCAUCUGGCAGCAACCCGGGAUCACCAGCGACCACGCCUGGCGCAGCAGAUAAGCGGAAGCCCUACUCCCGGUCCUCGUCCAGCCAGAACAACCUCUCUAGAACGACUUCUGCCAAGCCAACCUCCUUCUCGCCCGCCGACACCCUAAGAUCGUUGCAACAGCACAAGUGGACGUGGCACGAUGGGCAGUGGGUGAUUCUGGCAUUCUUGCUCACCUUCUCGUUAUGCAUCAUCGAGUCACCGGGACCUAUGGUGAAGAUGGCUGUAGUGACACUACUCGGCACGUCCCUCAUCUUACCCAUAACGAGGCAAUUCUUCCUGCCGUUCAUGCCUAUUGCGGCUUAUUUGAUUUGGUUCUUCUCUGCAAGAUUCAUUCCUAGCGAAUACCGACCUCCGAUCUGGGUCAAAGUCCUACCAACCCUCGAAAACAUCUUCUACGGCGCAAACAUCUCAAAUAUUCUUUCGGCACACCAGAAUACCGCUCUGGAUCUGCUCGCCUGGUUUCCGUAUGGGAUUGGCCACUUUGGAGCACCCUUUGUUUGCGCUAUUCUUAUUUUCAUCUUCGGACCUCCUAAGACUCUUCGCACUUAUGGCUUCGCUUUCGGAUGGAUGAACGUCAUUGGCGUGGUGACACAGGUCUUGUUUCCAUGCGCAGCACCGUGGUACGAGAAUAUGUACGGUCUCGCACCUGCAAACUACAGCAUGAAAGGAUCACCGGGCGGGCUUGCUCGCAUAGAUCAACUUUUUGGAAUCGAUCUGUACACCUCCGGCUUCACAGGAUCGCCUAUGGUGUUUGGUGCCUUCCCAUCACUGCACGCCGCAGACGCCACUAUCGAGGCAUUAUUCCUGAGCCACGUCUUCCCUAAGCUGACCCCACUGUGGUCUUUCUACGUUGCUUGGCUAUGGUGGGCUACGAUGUAUCUCACGCACCAUUACCUAGUCGAUCUGGCGGCUGGCAGUCUGCUCGCCGGAAUUGUCUUCUUCUUUGCUAAGUCGAGUUUCCUGCCGCGCCUGCAGCCCGGCAAGCGCUUCCGAUGGGACUACGACUACAUUGAGGUCGGAGAAGAGAGCAACGACUAUGCUUACGCUUUGGCGAACUUGGAAGGAGCACAUCCUGAUAGUGACGAAUGGACGAUCGGUUCCUCCUCCUCGAUAUCUUCCGGCACUCUAAGUCCUACCGAGGAAAGCAACGCGCGCUUCGUCGAUGCUUACGAGCAUCAGCGAUAG